UGCCACUGCAGCCUGAAAACAACCCAACAUAACACACACUGACACGGCGGCUGGUAUGCACAGCGAGGGGCUGAUUCAGUUAAAUGUCAGAUCAGAAAGAAAAAAUCCAAAAUGGACAGAGAAUCGAAUCUGAACCGAGCUGAGACGUUCUCCUUCAUCAACCCCUGGAUCAGAUACUUCCUCUUCUUCUUCAGCUUCUUGUUUUGGGUUUUCUCGUUGCUGAUUGUUGGAAUUGGGGUUUAUGCCAAACUCCAGAAAGCUACAGACACGGUGCGGGACACGUUCCUCAUCGACCCAGCUGUCAUUCUGAUUGUGGUGGGGGUGGUGAUGUUCUUCAUCACUUUCUGCGGCUGCAUCGGCGCCCUCAGAGAGAACAUUCGCCUCCUCAAGAUGUUUUCCUUCACGCUGACGCUGGUCUUCCUCAUCCAGCUGGUCAUAGCAGUUCUGGGCUUCUUCCACUCUGAUCAGACCCGAGAGGCUCUGGGGAAGUUUGUGAAGAAAGCGAUCGUUCACUACAGGGAUGACCUGGAUCUGCAGAAUCUGAUGGAUUACAUCCAGAAAGAGUUUAAGUGCUGUGGAUGGAACAACUACACCGACUGGUCCUGGAACCUCUACUUCAACUGCUCUCAGGGAAACCCCAGCUCAGAGCGCUGCGCCGUGCCGUACUCCUGCUGCACUCCGGUUCCUGGAGAGACGGUGAUCAACACCAUGUGUGGUUUCGGCGUUCAGACGCAGAAGUCCCAGGAAGUAGACAGGUCCAUCUACUCUGGGGGCUGUGCAGACAGAGCGGUGAAGUGGAUGGAGGCUCACCUGCUGCUGGUGGGAGCGCUCACCCUGGGCCUGGCCUUACCUCAGAUUGCCGGCAUUGUGCUGUCCCAGAUCCUGAUCUCUCAGAUCCAAAAUGAGAUUGCUUCGCCGUUUUGAGGGCAGCAGGAAGAAGUUCUGGUGCUCAACUCAUCCAAUCGGCGUCAGCACAUCUAGAUUCCA